GACAAUUCAAUACUCUCAAUAACUGCUUACUCCUAACGACAUCCAGACACCUGCAAUGUACGAGGCUGCCUUUCUUCCUAGUGGUGUGCCUAGAAUACCCGAAUUGAAUGAACAGGACGACGGUCUGUUGGAUGGCUAUGUUUGCGCUUUGCAAAUGUAUUCUAGGGCUGAACAAGACGGACCUCGAACGUCCGGAACCUUUGAUGAUGCUUGUCCAUCAUCCGAGGCAUUGCGAUCUGUCGCGGUUAAGCAGAGUUCAGCGUAUCACGCCCUCUCGAAGGCUGCGUCUCUGCUCGUCGAAUAUCGGAAGAUCUUUAUCACUUAGCAGACAGACCUUCGAUGCUUGGCCUGAUCACAGUUUGGACAAGCUAUAUCCCGCGGUCAGCGUCGCACUUUGCAUGUGGCAGAGAUUCAAACGGGAAGACGAGGCGUCUUUUCUUGACGAAGCCCUUAACGUCUGUUUCCAGGGAUUCCAGGAUUCUACGUUGGAUCCAACUGCUAUUUCAGAAGCCUUGCUUCUGCUGCUCAACGUAGUUCUCAAGAAAUCCAAGCAAACAGAUAGCGGAAACAUAUUUGAAACGGUUAUUGCAAUGCUUGAAAACUUCUUAUGCAAGCUUCCCGAAGAUCACGAUUCCAGAUGGAACACUGUGGAUGCCAUCUCCCGCAUUCUCCCAAUGAAAUUCGCUCAAGAUGGCCAAUUCAAUGCAAUUGAAGACAAGUUUGUCUCGCUCUACCAGAGUGCAGUCUCAUCAUAUUCUUCCUCUGAACUGCAAAAAGUUGAAAUGAUGCAGGAUCUUGUCAGAAUUUUUCAGACCUCAAUGCCUCAUGAUAUAUUCUAUGUUGACAAGGGCAUAGGUUUCUACAAGCAGGCCAUAUCUCUUUGCAAUACUGAGAAUCUCAAGGUGUUAGCAUCUGUUAAGAUGGCUCUUGCAUUGGCCAAGAGAUACCUGGCAUUUGACACUGUGAAAGACUUGGACACUGCAUCUGAGAUAGUUCUGAAGGCCUUGGCUCAAGUUCCUGAGGAGAUUAUUCAAGCACCAGAAGUUUAUGCAAUAUCUGGUGACAUGUUUGAAAUAAAGCAUGGAUACUCUGGAGAAUUGGAAGAUCUAGAUCAUUCUAUUCAGAUGUGCAGAAAAGACUUGCAAAAGAGAUUCAAUCAAUGUUGGCAAAUGGAAGAUCUCAACCAAACCAUUAUCACACUUUACCAAGCUAAGGCCCUGCUGCCCAAGGAGAACUAUCAAAUGCAAGAAGUCUUACAGGAUCUUGGAGAUGCUUUGUUUCAAAGGUUUCAGAGGUUUCAGAGAAUUAAUGAUUUGCAUGCAGCCAUAGACAUUUAUUGUCAACUCUUGGCUCUCUGGCCAGUUGGCCAUCAUAUGAGGGUAAUUGCCCUAUCUCAAGUGGUCAAACUUUUACAAGCCAGAUAUCUCAAGCUCAGAAAUCCUAACGAUCUGGACAAUGUGCUUAUACUUGCAAAGGAACAUAUCAGUUUGCAGAAAGACGUUGAUGCCUUUCUACAGUUGGCCAAUGCAUAUUUGCAAAAACACUUAAUCACUCAGGACAUCAAUUAUAGGUCAACUCCAUGGUGUUACAGCAGCUAGCCUCAGCAUUUCAGUUCAAGUAUCAGAAACUGUAUGAUCAAAAUGAUCUUGCUAAGUCUAUUGACUUGUACAGCCAAGCCUUACAAUUAAGACCAGAAGGCCAUUUGUAUAGGGCUGAAACUCUAACAUCUCUUGCAUAUGCACUUUUUCUUCAACAUACUCAACUACAGAAGGAUGAUAUCUCUAAGCAAAAGAUUAUCAUUGGACAUCUUAUAGAAGCCAUGCUGAGCUUAGAUGGGGGUGUUAUGAUGGCCCUCAAUGCUGCUGCAACUUUACUUGAUAUCUCCUUGGAGUAUAAAGACAUGGACAGCUU